CAAACCAACGGUCGUGAAAACCGAGCAAAGCUCCGUGAAAAACGCAGAAAUUCGGCGAACGAAAUUGAUAUCGGGCGUUGAGCUGGACUAAGGCGGAAAUCGAGGAAAAUCGCUGAUUUUCCCAGGCGCGCGAGUGUGUGUGUGUGAAAAGUCGCUGAAGAGCAGCCAGGAAUUGCAAGCCCACAGCCAAGACAAACUUCGACGGUAACCACGGAUACUUCGCCAGGGCAAUCCGCACGUUGAUGGCUGCCACCAAAAUCAUCGAUGCGCCGCGCAACGGCCACGAGAUGGCGCCACUGAACACCCGGGCGAGGGGCGACGGCACCCACGGGGUCACCAUCGUGCUCACCGCCCCGCAGCGCAACUCCGUGCAGUCGGUGGACAUCCCGGGCAAUGAGCCGGAGCGGGCCGCCUGGAGCGGCAAGAUGCAGUUCUUCCUCAGCAUCAUCGGCUACUCGGUGGGCCUCGGCAACAUCUGGCGGUUUCCCUACCUGUGCCAACAGAACGGCGGCGGUGCGUUUCUGAUACCUUUCAUGGUCAUGCUGGUGCUGGAGGGCAUACCGCUGUUCCUCAUCGAGCUGGGGAUCGGCCAGAGGAUGCGACUGGGAGCCCUGGGUGUGUGGAACACCAUCCAUCCCUGGCUGGGCGGCAUCGGCAUCUCGUCGUGCAUAGUGACGCUGUUUGUGGCUCUGUACUACAACGUGAUCAUCACGUGGGUGUUCUUCUACCUCUUCAACAGCUUUAGGUAUCCGCUGCCCUGGUCCACCUGUCCGUUGAACGGCACGGGCUUUGAGCUGGAGGAGUGCGCCAAGUCCUCGGAGACGACGUACUUCUGGUACCGCACCACCCUGGAUGCCGCCCCCUCAAUGGACGAGCCCGGCGGCCUCAAGUGGUGGAUCGUGCUCUGCCUGAUGCUGUCCUGGACCAUUGUCUUCUUCAUCGUGAUGAAGGGCAUCCAGAGCUCCGGCAAAGUGGUCUACUUCACCUCGCUGUUCCCCUACAUUGUGCUGACCAUCUUCUUCAUCCGGGGGAUUACGUUGCGAGGAGCCGGAGCCGGCCUGAUGCACAUGUACACGCCGAAGGUGGAGAAGCUACUGGAGCCCACUGUGUGGCUGGACGCGGCCACGCAGGUCUUCUACUCCUUCGGCCUGGCCUUUGGCUCCCUGAUCGCCUUCGGGAGCUACAACACGCCCAAGAACAACUGCGUGCGGGAUGUGCUCCUGGUGUCCGUCUGCAACGCCGUCACGGCCAUCUACGCCAGCGUGGUCAUAUUCGCCAUUCUCGGGUUCAAGGCCACCGUGAACGUGGACCGCUGUGUGGCCAGUAAUACGGACAUCCUGGUCAGGAAUAAGCUGAUGGGCGCGAACGAGACCCAUAACUACGAGCAGACCAUGGCCAUGCUGAAUGGCACCGAGCUGACCAGGCUGCAGUUGAGCGAGUGCAGUCUGGCCCACGAACUGGACAAUGCCGCCGAGGGCACUGGCCUGGCCUUCAUCGUGUUCACCCAGGCCAUCGUGGAGCUGCCCGGAGCUCCCUUCUGGGCAGUGCUCUUCUUCACCAUGCUGCUGUCGCUGGGACUGGGCUCGCAGAUCGGCAUCCUGGAGGGCAUGCUGUGCACCCUCUUCGACAUUGACAUUAUCAAGCGGGUUAAGAAACAGCACGUCACCGGCGUGGUGUGUCUCUUCUGCUUCAUUGUCGGUUUCAUCUUCUGCACAGGUGCCGGCGAGUACUGGCUCAAGAUGUUCGACUCCUUUGCCGGCACCAUUGGCCUCGUCGUGGUGGCCCUCAUGGAGAUGAUAGCCGUGAUCUUCAUCUACGGGCACGAGCGCUUCACUGAGGACAUCUACCAGAUGACUGGUUACCGACCUGGUCUCUACUGGCAGUGGACUUGGCGGUACAUUGGCCCUGUCAUCAUGGUCUGCAUCCUGGUCUCAUCGGUAGUCUUCAUGGUCAUCAGGAAUCCCACUUACGGAGCCUGGAAUGCCGAUUUGGGCAUGAUCGAGCAGAAGAGCUACCCCAACUGGGUGAUGGGCAUCGCCCUGUCCAUGAUCCUGGCCGGCGUCCUGCCCAUGCCCAUCGUGUUCCUCAUGCGCAGCUUCCAGUGCCUGAAGGUGGACCUGGACAUCCACCAGGGAUCGAUCCGGCGCAACGAGACGACCGCCUCCACCAAGGAGAUGAUCGACAACGACGACGAUGACGACGAGGACGACGAGAACGACUUCAGUGGGCCGGCGCUCGGCGGUCACGUGAAGACCCAGAGCGAUUUCUCCGACGACGAGGAGGAGGACAAGCCCAUGACCAUGCGGAUGAUGAUGAUGCGUCCGACGACCACCACCAAGACAUCGAACGCGCUCAAUGUGCCAACAAGCAGAAAGAACAACUACAAGAAGGGCGCGUACGAUGUCUAGAGGAGCCACAAACCGAUAACUAAGCACAUACAGAUCCAGAUAAAGAUGCAGACACAGACGCAGAUGCAGAUACAGAUACAGGUAGAGGUCCAGAUACAGAUACAGGUCCAGGCAAGUGAAGAACUAGUUUAGCUGAGACGAGCGUUGGGCGGAGAGAGUGCGUGCCGAGCUGAGCGCAAACAUUUAUAAAUAUUUACUAUAAGUAUUUUAACAUAAUUUAAAUCUAAUCUAAGUAAUUACCAGAAUAAACAGCCGAAGAAUUGCAUUCGAGUGCGUAACUAAAAUUGUUAAAUCGUACUUUAACACAAGCUGAACUAAACCCAAACAAAAACUAAACUAACUUUUAAAAACUAUGUACGAGUACAAUGUGCCGCAGGACGUUAGGUAUUAUCCAAAACGGGUUGCUAAAGGUUUAAAUUCGAUUACGUAGCAUUUAGUUGGAAUGCUUAAAGCUUUACCAUUAGACACUCGAGCACACAAACUGAAAGUAUUUCCGAUCCCCACGCCGCACUCCUCUCCCAUUCCGAUAAUCCCGAUAACACCUAUAAACCAGAUAGUCCCGAUAAUCCCCAGAACUCCCGCCACACCCGGAGAUUGCUCUUCGACGGCAUUCGCUUUAUAGUCGACUUAGCCAGCGCAUUUCCAAAGAGUUAAACUCAACAUUUAGUUUUAGUAGAGAUAUGCCGUUUUAAUUUCGACCUCAAGUAGAACUCGUCCGACCUAUAAUUAGCGUACGUAAUCUCAAAGGAGUUACACACUUUAAUAUUACUUCAAACAGGUUAAGAGCGUUGAGACACAAUAUUAACACUUCGAGUUCUAGUUGAGUUAUACAAACAAAUACCUAUACUAACUAUAUUGACUAGAGAAAGAUACAUGGAAUGUGUGAUAUUCUAAAUAAUAUCCUCAAUGUUUAGGUGUUAAGACUCUUCAUCCCCUCCCCCCAGGUCACUCAGUCAAUCUAUUUUCCCCGUUCAAGCCACUCAAGAGUAUUUUCCCACACUGACAGAGCUACACAAGGAAAACAAAACAUGAAAAUAACUGCUGUGAAUAGUUUUAGUGGUUGUAAAGUUCUACCGAAGAAGGGAAACCAUAAAGCGUCUAAUAUUUAACUAGUUGUUAAGCGGCACCCCAUUGUUCACUUGAGUUCACUCCACAGGAUACCUGCAAAGAUUGUCCCAGCCAUAUUUCCAAUUCGGUUUCCGCAAAAUGGUUCUCAUACGAUCCCAAGCCUCCCCCAACUUUCUCUUAUUUCGGUAAGGCAAGGGCAAGGCAAAAGCACCACUGAUAUCUAACGACUACUGACAACUGAAUCAAAACACAUGGAACUUCGAAGUACUCAAAGUCAAUGCAAAGGACGGACGGCAGAACGUUGAAGACAAUAAGACAAAUAUAGAAAUAUACUUAUGAUAUGGCCCGUCAAGUUUAGAGCGAUUUGUAAUUGCCGACGCGGUAGAUUUCCCCAUAGCAGAGCAGGAGUUUUGUCCACUUUUACCUUAUUUUUGGGAGACAUGUAUCCAUUUUGUACACCGCCAAUCCAGAGCAGUUCCAAUCAAGGAUCCGAUUAGUCAGCAGAUUUAUACGUACGUUUACAGUAGGAGGCCCCCAAGUAAUUAGUUGCCCCUCCCCCACCUCGUCCACUGAAGUCGAGUCCUCGCAAUGCAAACGCAACCGAAACCAAAUACACAGUACCAUGCCUAAUUGUAAAGUUUACUUGUUUACGCCACUAUAUAUACGAGCAUUAAAUCUAUAUAUACAGUACAUAUUAAUCUAUAUACCUAGCUCUACUAUAAAUAUUGUAUAUCAAUUAUUGUCGUAGUGCUAAAGCCCCGGACUUGUGUAAAUUUGAAUGUAUUAAAGCCACUGCAAGGAGAAGAAUACUUAUAUGAAACAUUAUUAUACCGUACGCAAGAAAUUAUUAUUAAUAAAGAUAUUUCAUGAUUAGUGCGUUAAGUUGAAGAAGAGCAAACGAA